CUGUUCUCAAAACAAGCAAAAACCUCUCCUGUAGCUGAAGUUGAAGCAAACUCUUAGAGUCUGAUAACCUUUUUUAGGGGCUGUUGAACUUUGAUUUACACUAAAUGGUGGCGAGCUUUACGCCUUCUAUGGCCGUAACUGUAGAUAAGUGUAAUGUUAUCAAAUGAAGCGCAUUCAAAUUUCGCGCUGUUUGAUCCGCCUUUAAAGAGAGACCAGUCUGUUAGCUAGCCAUGUUUGUCACCGUAAAAAUGCGUCAAGAGCAUACAUAAGGUAAAGAGGACAUUCUGUUUUGUAUAUGUAUGCUGUGAGACCAGACAGACGUCUUUAAAAUGGAGGUGACGGAUAUCGGAAACAAAGAAGAGGGGAAAGUCUGGCAUCGAAAACCAACACCAGGAAAAGGAGUGUUGGUGACGGUGGUCCGCACUGCUCAGCAGGCCAAGAUAGUGCGUUUUCUCCAUGUGACCUUUGACACCACAGGGGACUCCUUCCUGGCUGGAGAUCACCAUGGCAACAUCUACGUCUUUGACAUCAGUAGAAACAGAUUCCGUCUGGUGCAGAAGACAGGGCAAGCCUGCACUGCUCUGGCCUUCAGCCUCCGCAGGACCACAGAGUUCCUGGUGGCCUUGGCUGACUACACCAUCAAGUGCUUUGACAAAGACACAAAGCAGCUGGUCAGUUGGAUGCGGGGUCACGAGGGAUCAGUUUCUUCGAUCUCUGUCCACAGCUCCGGUCGCUACGCCAUCAGCACGUCUUCAGACACGGCUCAGCUCUGGGACAUGGACACCUUCGAGAGGAAGAGGAAGCUCAACAUCCGACAGUCUGUUGGUAUUCAGAGGGUGUUUUUCCUUCCUCUCAGUAACACCAUCCUCAGCUGCUUCAGCGAUGACUCCAUCUUUGCUUGGGAGAGCGACACUCUGUCCUGCAAAUACCAGCUCCCUGUCCCUGACUGUGGACCCAAAGUCUCCUACAAGGCCUUCGCUGUCACACGUGAUGGUAAGAGCCUUGCUGCUGGGGGGCGUUCCAACCUGCUGCACCUGUGGUGUCUGGACAGCAAACAGCUGAUCAGGGUGAUUCAGAUGCCCACGCAGGUCCGAACCGUCAGACAGCUGGAUUUCCUGCCGGACAGCUUUGACGGAGGAGCCAGCCAGACGCUAGGUGUAUUGAGCCAGGACGGUGUGAUGCGUUUUAUCAACAUCCACACCUGCAAGCUGCUGUUCCACAUGGGUUCCCACGACGACGCCAUCACCACAGCGACGGUCAGCCCCAACGGCAGACACGUGGUGGCCAUCAUGGAUAAUGGCAGCAUCAAUGUCUACAGUGUUCAGAGUCUCACUCAGGAAUUAAACAAGGUGGCACCUCCUCCCUCCAGGGUGGCAGUGGUCUCUGGCGGUGGAGCUGAUCAGGACUUGUCCAACUUAAAGGUCAAGGUCAGGUCAGAGGUCGUUCAGAGAGGCAGGCAGACACAGGUGAAGAUACUGAGACCCCCUGCUUGCUUUACAGCUGAGGAGAAAGAGAAUGAACUGCCUGCUGGUCUGAAUAAGAAGAGGUUGGUCGCUCUGCUCAAAGGGUUUGGAGAGUAUCCGGCUAAAUACAGGAUGUUCGUGUGGCGGUCUCUGUUGUGUCUCCCAGAGAACCAUGCGGCGUACAGCAGUCUGACUGACAAAGGCCUGCACUCAGCCUACCUCACUCUGCAGGAUAAAUACCCCAUCAAAAGUCACAAAUUACAGAGGGGCCUGCAGAGGGUUCUGUCUGCCUUAGCUCACUGGGCAGCCAUCUUUGGAGAGGUGGAGUACCUCCCCCUGGUAGCCUUCCCUUUCGUCAAACUCUUCCAGAACAACCCAAUGCUCUGUUUUGAGGUGGUGGCCACUGUCAUAGUGAAUUGGGGUCAGCACUGGUUCGAAUACUUUCCCAACCCCCCUCUGAACAUCCUGAGCAUGGCGGAGAACGUUCUGGCUCAUCAUGACAAGGAGCUGCUGCAGCACCUGGUGGACUGUGGCAUCACCUCCCAGCUCUACGUGUGGCCGCUGCUGGAGACCUUGUUCUCAGAAGUUCUUACUCGUGAGGAGUGGCUCAGGCUCUUCGACAACAUCUUCUCCAACCAUCCAUCCUUCCUGCUCCUGGCCUGCGUGGCUUACAUCACCUGCUGCCGGGAGCCUCUGCUGCUCUGCUCCCAGAAAGAGGACUUUGAGUAUUUCUUCCACCAUCGUAACAACCUGGAUCUGGGAGCCAUGAUAAAGGAGGCUUACCGGCUCAUGGGCAGCACACCGGCUGACAUCCAUCCCAGGACUUUGCUCUCUGACUUUACUCCACUGACCAAAGGCCAGUACCCCGUGUUCAACCACUACCCAGAAUUCAUAGUGCAAUACCAGAGCCGGGAGAGGGAGAAGAUACGACUGCAAGAGAUGGAGUAUCUCCGCGAGAGGCAGGAGGUGUCAGCACUGCACACAGAUUGCGUGCGUCGCCAGGCUGAAGAGGAGGCCUAUUAUGCACAACAGGAGCUGUUGCAGAAUGCAGAGGAACAGCGCAGAAACAUCCUGGCACAAGAAGAGGAAAAACUAGCUCAGCAGAGGACAAAGUUGGCAGCCAUGAAAAGAGAGCUGAAGGUGAAGGAGCUACAGCUGCUGGAUGCGACCAAAAGACGUUUCCUCAAACACCAACAGGACCUCAGAGCCUCGCAGGUCCAAAGGCUGGACCAGGAGAUCAGUACAAAGAUGGAUCUCCGGGAGCGAGAAACGGCUACAGCAGUCCAGGAUCUGGAAGUCCGACAGAUGGAGCUGGAGGCCCAGCGGAAACGACUCGAACAGCACCUGUUUAAGGAGCAGGAGCGCGUGGGACGGGAGGUUGAGGAGGAGAUGAAGAUGAGGAAGGCAGAAAGAGAGGAGGAGAACUACACAGAGCUGUUACACCACACAGAGACCAACAUGCAGGCGCUGGAGGAGUCCCUAGCGGAGGCGUGCCAGCUGGGCCUGGAGUCGGACUGGCAGAGGGAGGUGGGGGGGCGCCUGCAGCAGGUCCACGCCCAGCAGCAGAGCAACAGGGGGAGACUGGCAGAGAGUCACAGGCAGACGCUGGCAGAGGAGGAGAGGCUGGAGGACACCAUGAGGGAUGUUGCCGGGAGGAAGUGGGAUGAGGUAAUGAAUUCCAGAGCUGAGUUACAGGAGCAGCCUCUGUCUUCAGCUGAAACGGACGUCCGAAGACAGAUGAGGGUAGUAUCGCCUCCUCAUCGACCCAUACCCGCCCCUUCUGUCAGUGCUGGACCCAGCGCUGCAGGUCCAGACAUCAGGCCCGGCCCUGCCCCCCCCCUGAAGCAGGCACAAACCAACAUGGUGUGUCUGAACAGCCGAUCGCCUUCAGAGAGCACCUCCACCGUCUUUUCCUUGGACAGAGGUCGGGCCCAGCUGGACAGCAGCGAGAGAAAUCUGAUGAAGGAGAUCAGAGAGUUGAGACAGAAGCUGGCUGCCAGAGCCAGAGAGGGCAGCUCCUCCCCGUCUGUCCUCACUCUGUCCUCUGUCUCCCAGUGACACACUCUGUCCUCUGUCUCCCAGUGACAGACUCUGUCUCCCAGUGACACACUCUGUCUCCCAGUGACACACUCUGUCUCCCAGUGACACACUCUGUCUCCCAGUGACACACUCUGUCCUCUGUCUCCCAGUGACAGACUCUGUCUCCCAGUGACACACUCUGUCUCCCAGUGACACACUCUGUCCUCUGUCUCCCAGUGACACACUCUGUCCUCUGUCUCCCAGUGACACACUCUGUCCUCUGUCUCCCAGUGACACACUCUGUCUCCCAGUGACACACUCUGUCCUCUGUCUCCCAGUGACACACUCUGUCCUCUGUCUCCCAGUGACACACUCUAUCCUCUGUCUCCCAGUGACAGACUCUGUCCUCUGUCUCCCAGUGACACACUCUGUCCUCUGUCUCCCAGUGACACACUCUGUCUCCCAGUGACACACUCUGUCCUCUGUCUCCCAGUGACACACUCUGUCCUCUGUCUCCCAGUGACACACUCUGUCCUCUGUCUCCCAGUGACACACUCUAUCCUCUGUCUCCCAGUGACAGACUCUGUCCUCUGUCUCCCAGUGACACACUCUGUCCUCUGUCUCCCAGUGACACACUCUGUCCUCUGUCUCCCAGUGACACACUCUGUCCUCUAUCUCCCAGUGACACACUCUGUCCUCUGUCUCCCAGUGACACACUCUGUCCUCUGUCUCCCAGUGACACACUCUGUCCUCUGUCUCCCAGUGACACACUCUGUCCUCUGUCUCCCAGUGACACACUCUGUCCUCUUCCCAGUGACACACUCUGUCUCCCAGUGACACACUCUGUCCUCUGUCUCCCAGUGACACACUCUGUCCUCUGUCUCCCAGUGACACACUCUGUCCUCUGUCUCCCAGUGACACACUCUGUCCUCUGUCUCCCAGUGACACACUCUGUCCUCUGUCUCCCAGUGACACACUCUGUCUCCCAGUGACACACUCUGUCCUCUGUCUCCCAGUGACACACUCUGUCCUCCGUCUCCCAGUGACACACUCUGUCCUCUGUCUCUCAGUGACACACUCUGUCCUCUGUCUCCCAGUGACAGACUCUGUCUCCCAGUGACAGACUCUGUCUCCCAGUGACAGACUCAUCUCUGUCUUCAUCACAGAAACAUAUUCCUAUCUCAGACUACAGAAACAGACUGAGGAGCAUCCUGGCUGCUGACUGUCAUAGUGUUCCUAAAGCAUCCUCUAAAAACCACUUGUUCUCGUUCUGUGUGCAUUCAGUCCUCUGACUGGCUCCAUCAUCUGCUGAGUUCUCUGGUAAAAUCCCCACUAGCAGCUACAGUACCAUUCAUUUUCAACUCCGUUCUAUCUGUGACUCUGGCCAAACAAAAGCCAGAAGCUGCAUCAUCCUCACUGUCUGUAGCCGCUGAACACUACCCUGUGUCACAAAGUGAUGCAACACACAAUACUUUGUAUAUGAUAGACAUCUGUUAGUUUGUUUACAGAGCAGUGGAACAUCUUUGUAACUAUUUUACCUCCAAAUGUGUUAUUGUAUCAUUCCAAUGUAAUGUUCAUUUGUACACUUUAUAUUCAUAGUUGUAGAUUAUUUAAGUAUUCUUGCUGGUGCCCCAUUUAGCAUUUUUAUUUCAAUGCAUUUUCUGUAAUUUUAUUAUUUAUGAUCUGGUUUGGAUAAAAUAUUUUUUAAAAACCUAA